UAGUAAAUAUGCAUCGAUCCAUAUACAGCUGUUGAUUUAUUAUUUUUUUAAAUCAACUAAAAAGCUUGGCAAUGAAAGCAUAAAAUGGAAUUGAUCAAUAAUAAUAAUGAUUAUUCAAAUAAUACGAAAUGGAUAGAUAUAAGCGGCAAAAAUGACCCGCCUAAGGAGAAAGAAUCUUCCGAUUACCCCAAAGCCGAGGUACCCCCAUUCGUUUUAAAGAAGCUAGAUUUUUAUCAACUAGCCCUAAAUUACGUCAAAUGCUUAGCCGUCAUGUUAUCAAUAUUUCUUGUUGGUCGGUUAAAAUGCAGCAUAUUCUGGGUAAUAGCCGGAGCUGGCCUGGUGGCCUGGCUGUGGAACAAGCGCAAGAUUAAGAGGGAGAAUAAAGCGGUAUUAAGUCGAAUCAACGAUACUAUAACCGAAAAAAAAGAGGUUCUUGCUAAGCUUCACGACCUUCCCAGCUGGGUCUACUUUCCGGAUGUCGAAAGGGCUGAAUGGCUGAACAAAAUAAUAAAGCAAAUGUGGCCUUUCAUUAAUAAUUACUUGAAAGUUAUGAUCAAAAACGAUAUAGAGCCAAAGGUUAAAGAGAGACUUCCCGCUAUCAUCAAAAAUUUCUACUUUGAAACAAUAGACGUCGGCGAUAUACCUUGUAGAAUCGGUGGCAUAAAGGUUUAUCAAGAAAAACUCAACAGGGACGAAAUAAUCAUAGAUAUGGAAAUUUUUUACUCCGGUGAUUGCGAAUUUACCCUCAACGUGAACAACGUCAAAAGCGGAGUUAAAAAUGUCAAUUUUCACGGUGAUAUAAGGGCCCAUAUUAACCCACUCAUUAGCACUAUACCAUUUGUUGGAGCUCUGAAGGUUUUCAUGCUCAAUCGACCCGCCAUAGAUUUCGAUUUCACUAAUAUAGCUAACGCUCUGGAUAUCCCUGGAUUGGCUGAAUUGAUACGUAAAAUAAUGUUGGACGUGGUGUCAUCCAUGCUAGUCUUACCUAACAAAUUCGGAUUAAUCCUUUCUAAAGACGUCGAAUCGCAACAGAUCAAAUAUUUAAUUCCAAAAGGUGCCAUUAGGAUCACCAUCUAUUCUGCCCAUAAUCUAGUCAACGCUGAUAUAAGUUUAUUGGGCAAAGGAAAAUCCGACCCUUACACAAAGAUUUAUAUCGGGGCGAAAGAAUUCCAAACCUCGAUAAUAAACGACAACUUAGACCCGGUGUGGAAUGAGGCUUUUGAAGCUAUAAUAGACGAACCAUUUGGCCAACGAGUAGAAAUAUCCAUUUUCGACCACGAUCCAAAUAAAGAUGACUUCUUGGGAAGAAUUGAAAUUGACAUCGAGGCAGCCAUGAAACAAGGCAUCAUCGAUACGACCUUCAAACUAGAAGAUACCAAGCACGGUGACAUACACAUGAGACUGGAUUGGUUGAGACCCAUUGUACCGUUAUCAAUGUUAGGAACCCAAAAGGACGAGGAUUCAGAAAAUGAAGACCCUAGUCAUAAUAUUAGAAAGAUCAAAACCGAAAAUCUUGCCCUUCUCAAACGAGAACUGCAGUACAUAGAUCAAGAGUUUACGCGAAAAAAUAUUAGGGGUUUCUUAUCUACCGCCAUAUUGGUGGUUUACGUCGAUUCUGCUAAAGCUUUACCAUUUCCUAGGGACGUGGCCACGGAACCAAGCCCUUACGCCCUCCUCACCCUUGCUGGGAGUGAUGGUUCAGCCGGUAACAGCCCUAGCAGCAACGAUAUAAAAAGCAAAGAACCAGCCCACAAAAGCAAAAAUCUUGUUGAAGCGGCGCUAGGACGCGAAAGCUACGAUUCUUCGGGUAAAGGAGGUUAUAAAACCGAAGCACAGCCUAAAACAACUAACCCGGUUUGGGAGCAAUGUUUUACUUUGCUUAUCAAUAAUCCGUUGCUGGCUACACUUAAUUUAGAGGUGAAGGACGAAAAAAGCGGUAAAAUCCUGGGCUCUAUGAAUUACUCCAUCGGCAAAAUUUUGGAAGAACCUAAUUUCGAUAAAGCUGGAAAUUUCCCGCUCAGUUCUAAAGGCUAUAACGAUGCUAGAGUAUCGCUCAUCAUGUCAUUAAGGUUUCUGAAGAGUGGACCCGACCCAGCGAGCAACAAAUCAGAAGACGUCAAUGUAGCAAGUGAUACUUACAAAAAAAGAGACACAGUCUCUUACGAUGAUUAUAAACGAUAUACUGCUAGCGAUGAUCCCAAUGCCAAAUCCGUUAAUCAAUUGGGCGACCAUGAUUAUUAUGAUGACAAAUCUAACAUUCCUAACCAACAAUAUCGAGACGUUAGAAGGGUUGACCAAAGAAAUGACCAAGAACGAUCAGACCUCAUCGACUCGAAGGAAAGUGGUAUUCCUACUGGAAAUAGAGUUAUGACACGUAAAAGUCUAUCGUUGAUCCACAAUAACACUUAUUCUAAUAAUCAAGAAUUUUUAAAGCAAAGGAAAAACACUGUAAGCCCUCGUGUGUUACUAACAUUUUAUCACGAUGAUGCUCGUAACAAACUUAUAGUGCUGCUGGAACGUGUAGAAAACUUGACUCCUAUCACCAAAAAUCCCGAUCCCUAUGUCAAAUUCGAGCUCUUACCUGCCGAUGGCAAAGAAGUUAACAAGAGGAAAAGUAUCGUUAUCAAAAAUUCUACAAAUCCCACAUUUAACGAAAAAUUUGAAUGGACCUGUACCUUUGAGGAAUUACCAUAUAAACGAUUGUUAGUGGCGGUUAAAAGUGAGGGUGGAUUUUUGUCUUCUGGUCCUACUCUCGGAUCGGUGGAGAUAAACUUAGGACAAAUUGAAUUCAACGAAGAAAGAGGCGUAUGGUUUCAGUUAGACGAUACUAAUACUUCUAACACAAAAGACGAUUAGGUUAUAAUAUAAUGUGAUUUUUUUGAUUCACUGUAAUUAUAAUGCAAAAAAUUAUUCCUUUUUAUUUACGAUAUUUACAUAAUUUUACUGAUUAUUUAUGAUACUUGUUCUCAAAAAGUUAUAUUUUUUUUAUAUAAAAAUAAGCUUUUGACUAGUCAUUUUUAAAUAUUUUUCCCGUUUAUUUUAAUAUAAUAUCUAUACACAAACAUUGCAAUAUCCCAUUCUAUUUAUAAUAUAUUUUAAAUAUGUAUUUUAUUAUUUUAAUCAUUUAUUUAUAUACAAGCUAAAAGCAUUGCAAUAUCCUAUUUAUAAUAUAUUUAAAAAUAAGAAACAAAUUUA